GAAAAUUUUCAUUAACUAUUUUGAUUAAAAAUGGUUUUAGGAUUCUAAAAUAUUGAAUGUAAUAAAAAUGGACCCUUAAUAUUUUAUAAAAACAUGGACCGUAGACCAAUGCUUCAUUUUACUACAUAUAGGCACGGGUCUGCUUGCAUGUAUUCGGGUGGUAAAUUUACAACACAAAGUUCGUAUAAAACUGAUUUAGUUUGGUUAUUGUUUUUUUUUUGGCAGCUCUAGUUUUUUUGGGUCAUCUAGUAGUAGUUUUUAUUGAAAAUUAUAAGCCUGAUGUUAAAACCGGCAAAAAUUGAAACUCUCCCAAAAACAAAGCCUAUGAUUUACAACAUAACUUUAGAGUCCAAACUUAAAAGAGGGAAACAAAAUAAGAAUAUACCCGAUAAACAAAACAAAGAAUAAAAAAAAGAAUCCAAAACCAAAGCACCUAGACAAAUUGACCAAAUCAACCAAGCCUAACAGCAAUCAGACAAGUGGAAUUAUGAGUAGGGUGAUGAUAAACACUCUAAUAAAUAUGAUGAUAAUGAUAUAGAUACAUUUGUCAAGACGGCAAGUUUACACAAGGACAUAAAUACAUGUAUAUCCAUCCCUAAAUCAAAGAUUCAAAAGACUAAUUAAAUGAUGGCACGGCACUAUUAAAAACCUUUAACAAAAAAAAUAGUGAUGGCAUGGCACUUAAUAAGGGAUGACUAAGUCGGAGUAUUUGCCAUUUGGUCAAUAAAAAAAAAAAACUAAGCCGGUCAAGGCGUCAAGCACUAACGGCUGAAGCAUUCAUUACCAAAAAAAUCUUGAACUUAUUCAAAGUCGGUAUUGACGUCAUCUACAACGAAAAAAUCCCACAAAGACUUAAAAUCGUUUCUACAAAUUACCAAAACGCAGCGUUCAUAGCGGCUUCCCCUGUUUUUUUUUCGGGUUACUUGAGUUCUCUGAAUUUUCCCUUUUCAGCUCCUAUAAAUUGGACUGCACUCGCUCACUUUGUUUUCAAGCAUAAACCCUUAAAAGUUUAAAGUUUUUUAAAGAUCUUAAUAUUUUUAGAAAAGCAGAGAAUCAUGCUUACGUAUGAAGAGGAUUUUGUGUUGAACUCACGAGACAUGAAGUUGUUCACUUGUGUAUGGAAACCAGUUGAGAAAGAACCAAAGGCCUUAAUCUUCUUCUGCCAUGGAUACGCUGUGGAAUCCAGCAUCACCAUGAACAGCACAGCAACGAGGCUAGCAAAGGCCGGUUUUGCGGUCUAUGCAAUGGACUAUGAAGGUCACGGAAAAUCGGAGGGAUUAGAUGGUUACAUCAGCAACUUUGAUGAUCUCGUUGAUGAUGUCUCUAUUCAUUACUCUACAAUUUGUGAGAAAGAAGAGAAUAAAGGGAAGAUGAGGUUUUUACUUGGAGAAUCCAUGGGAGGAGCAGUUGUGUUGCUCUUAGCUAGAAAUAAGCCUGAUUUUUGGGACGGUGCUGUUUUAGUCGCACCCAUGUGUAAGUUAGCAGAAGAGAUAAAGCCACAUCCAGUAGUUACCUCAAUUCUUACCAAGCUUGCUUGGUUUAUUCCAACAUGGAAAAUAGUUCCAGGAAACGAUAUUAUUGAUAUUGCAAUUAGAGAACCACACAUCAGAAAUCAGGUAAGGGAGAACAAGUAUUGCUAUAAAGGCCGGCCUCGUCUCAAAACCGCCUACGAACUCUUGAUGGUUAGCUUGGAUCUCGAGAAAAAUCUUCAUCAGGUAUCGAUUCCUUUUAUUGUUCUUCAUGGAGAAGAUGAUAAAGUGACGGACAAAAGCAUAAGCAAAAUGCUUUACGAAUUGGCUUCAAGUUCCGACAAAACAUUCAAGUUAUACCCCAACAUGUGGCAUGCUUUGUUAUAUGGAGAAACUCCUGAAAAUUCAGAAAUUGUGUUUGGUGAUAUUAUAAAUUGGUUGGAAAAAAGAGCUUCCGAUUCUAACGGAAGGUUAGAGAGUGAGCUAAAACAUAAACAUGACGGAUGUUUAAUGCAAAAAUAAGUGAAUGAUAUAUAUAUAGUUGGGUAAUGUACUUAUGUAGUCAUCUGUAUGUUACAUUACAAACGAAGCUAUUUGCCAAAUACAUGGAGUGCUUUAACUCUUUCAAUAAAUGUCCAAAAUUACACAAAUUUGUAGAUAA